AUGCGCUCUCUUGUCUUCCCAGCUCCCCGCUUGUUUUCUUGUACGACCAAGGUCAGUUCCCUUCUUCGUAUUCAGCUUCCGUUAGAUUUCCGCUACGCUUUCUCUUCAACGUUUAUAACGUUUAAUCUUUUGUCCUUCUUUAUCCUUACGCGUGCAUCUACCCGCAUUUCUCAUCGCUGGACGAUACCCUUGCAUACCCUCAAGUUCUAA